CACCGCUAAUUGUUGAAGAUGGUGUCAAAGUUCCUGCGCCUUUUGAAGCUCCUGGUGCUCAUUAUCGCCUGCUACACUGUCGUCCUUUUACUCGUGCACCUUGGGCGGCACAGAGGAGCUGUGCGACGCUCAGCUCGUGCGCCUUUCAUCAAGAAAGCAUACAGUAAGCCCGCAACUGCUCCGCUUCAGGAAAAGUCGGAUAAUGUUGUUGAUGAUGAUGACCAUGGCUGGCAGUCGCUGCGAAGGUUGUUGCAAUCGAAUAGAGGCCAAGGCUCGCCUCUCUCUAGUGAUAAGUGCGCGCCCUUUCCACGGUAUGCAGAUCUGCUGUUUGAGGGAGAAAACUUCCAAAGGAUGCGCGAAGGAAACCUCAGCUAUUACUUAUUUGGUGCAUACUAUGAUCGUCGACUUGAGCCGAUGGUAGCUGUGCUGGCAAUGAUCAAUACAAUAUAUGGCCCGUAUCCGCCCACUUACUGCCAGAUGUGGUUUGACGGCAGCAGCAGACCGUCUAUUUCGCAGGUGCGCGACCACAAAGUCAUUUGGUAUGACUCGUGGGGUCAAGGGCCUAAUUACAUCUACCCCACACUACUAAGCUGCCCCGUGCCCAAGGGCCAGAUGAUGCAGCGGGUGCCACAAUUGGUUUCACUGGUGCAUGGCACCGAUGGCUGCGCAAGGGCCACCAAUGCGCUGCACGUUAUUUACGAGGCACCGAGGCGCAGUCACGCCCUGCGGUUUGCCGUUUGCGUUAAGGACCUAUACUAUCCGCAUCGGGAUAUUUCAGCCCGCAUCGUAGAGUGGCUCGAGCUGAUGCAACUGCUAGGCGCGGAGCGCGUUACAGCCUACGUAGACGAUGGCGCGUUGCUGCCCAACACAACCCGGACCUUGCUCCGAUAUGUGCAGCAUGGGUUUUUGAAGCUUCGGCGUUUCCGCAUGCUGCAACUGCCCGGUGUGGAUGCCACGAGUUAUCUGAACAAGAGGGUACAUGAGGUUCUAACGUACAACGACUGUUUCUACCGAAAUCUGUACGAGUAUGAUUUUAUUGGCGGCUUCGAUUUGGACGAGGUGAUCAUGCCGUUGGGCACAAUUCGCAACUGGACAUCGCUGGUGCACCACCUAGAAUCUACAGAUGAUUUCGGUGGCAACUCAAAUUGCCAGGCUUGGGCCAGUUACUGCUUUCGCAAUGUUUACUUUCCAGAGUACAGAGAGAAGCCGCCUUAUAAUGAAACACUACCGAAACACUUCUAUAUGCUGCAACAUGUGCGGCGUGUGGCGAAGCACCUGCAUCCUUCAUUAGCCGCUAAGUGCUUGCAUGCGACAGCUUUUGCGACCACACUACAUAACCAUUUCCCCCUGAGCUGGCAGAACUCAUGUGCCCCUCUGGACGUAUCCACAGCCCUGGCCCAGAUGCAGCACUACCGUGAACCAGAAAACAAGGCGGAUUUGCUAACGCCAGUACUUGACGACAAUAUAUGGCGAUUCGAGGAGCAGCUGGUUAAGAGUUCGUGUGUCGUGUUUCGUGAGCUGGGCUGGAGUCCAUGACUGGAUUGGAUAUUGGAAAAGGAGUUCUGCUUAUUGAAUCGCACACAUUUCUCGAAUGCUAUUCGCUUAGCCGCAUUUAUUUUUAAGAACUCUAAAUAAUUGGCAUACGCUGAAAUAGGAAGCACAUUCUGGUUCAUAUUUUGGAUAACGAUAAAAGCAUAAUAGAGGCCAUUUAAAGUGUUAAGCUGAUCUUCUUUUGAUUUGAAACAAGAAUGGAAUGCCCUUCUAUGUGCUACAUACAUACAUGCCCUUUUACCGUUUGGGUACAGGGUCCUGAAAGGGUAAUAUCCACAAAUUGGACACUUUAUGGCUCGGACAACGCACUUCCCAUUAAUUCCCAUUAUACUCUUAUAUUCGCGGACAGCGGACCUCAAGGAUUUACGCACUUUGCUUACUUCCAUUACAAUUAUUUGGCAAAUUUAUUGUUUUAAAUUGAUGAGUCCUUUGUUUACUAUUUAGUAUAUUCAAAGUAUAUAAAAUACGCCUUUUUAAUAGU